GCUAGCACAACAAAAUUAAUUAGUUGGAUUGCAGUACUUUUAAAGAGAAGUUAAGCGGUAAUUAUAAAAUUAAAUCAAAUACAAAUGAUUUGCAAAUUAAAUUUCUUGCAAUGGACUACGAGCUGUUUAGUCUUACUGUGCUUAGUUAGCAAAGUUCAGCCGGAGCAUGAUUUCGAUGAUGAUAUCUCAGAUACUUAUAUACUACAAAGGCCGCCUUACAAAAUGGAUCCACCUUAUAGAAAUCCUUAUAAGCCGGUAAGAAAACAUAUACAAACUAAAAAGAAACCACAACAACACUUUGCCAGCACUACCGAGGCAUUGUGUGUUAGAAAUUUAAAAAAGAAAAAGGCUGAAGAGGAAAGAGAAAAUCCUACCAAAAAAGUUGUGCCCAGUGGUAAUCGUUGGCAUGGUCCGGUACAAUAUGGCGAAUAUAUGGGAACAACUAAACGACAUAAAGGACGAAGUACUAGAAUACGAGUUAUUUCUCCGGUGGAAAGAAAAUUGCAUAAAUGCUACAAAUGGGUUAAUUCCCAGGAGCUUAAAAAAUAUACCUGGCCUGCUAUUAUCCAAACUAUAGAAAGCAAAGACUUGUAUCACAUUGAAAUAUGCUGUCCCGAUUUUGGACCUAUACGUUAUAUGGGCAAUACCUUGUGUCGUCCUUUUUGCUCUAGCUGCCGUAAUGGCGACUGUAUUGCUCCCGAAAAGUGCCGUUGUUUUGAUGGCUUUGUUUUGACUGAUAAUGAUGAGUGCGUCUUUACCUGUCCGAUUUCCUGUUUAAAUGGCCGUUGCAAUUUAUUGAUGGGCAGUUGUUUGUGCAACAAUGGCUACAAGUUGGAUGAGACUAAACAAUUUUGCCGACCUAUCUGUAGUUCGGGCUGUGGCAUGAAUCCUUUGCACAAUUGCACUGCUCCAGAGGUUUGUGGUUGUGUGAAGGGCUACUCGUUGACCGACAAUGACUGUCAGCCAAUUCCAAGAGGUUGAAAAGCUAGAAACAAUAAACUUGUUAAUGUUUGUAAUAAAAUAGAUUAAAUA